AUGCUUCUGGGACCUUGCCGCUGCGUGCACCCGGCAGCCAUGAGCGCGCAACGAGCGCUGGCUCGCCUUUUUUCGUCACGUUCUGUAGUGGACGUGCUCGAGUCGCGUGGCAUGGUCCACGCGAUGACAUCGCGAGCUCUGAAGGAGCAUUUGUCAACGACAGAUGACUUAGGUCACCAUGUAUCACGAACUAUUUAUACGGGUGUGGAUCCCAGCGCUGCAAGCUUACAUGUUGGUAAUUUGCUCCCCCUUGUCGCCUUGCUUCAUUGUGCGAUGCAUGGACACAAAGCUCUUGUCUUGAUCGGUGGCGCUACGGGAGCCAUUGGCGAUCCAUCAGGACGCCAGUCAGAACGCUCUGCAUUGGCAUCAGAUCAACUGAAAAGAAAUGUGGAUAAUAUUCGCGCUCAGAUGUAUCAAUUCUUUCGUAACGCGGCUGCGUAUCUAGCACGGCGCAACGUUCUUUGUGCGAAGCCGCACGAUUUCAUAUCAAAGGGAUGCCAUGCUCAAGAUGAGCCUUUGUUUCAGGAUACACUUGAUGUUCAAUUGAUAAACAAUCUUGACUGGUUCCGCCAUAUUCACUUUCUUGAUUUCCUAUCCAGUGUAGGUCGUUUUGCUCGUGUGAAUGAUAUGCUGGCUCGUGAUAGCGUCAAAUCACGUCUUACUUCUCAGAAUGGCGCUACCACUUCUGGACUUUCAUUCACUGAGUUUUCUUAUCAGCUGAUGCAGGCAUACGACUUUAGUCACCUGCACGACAAAAAGGCAUGCUCUGUUCAGCUCGGCGGGUCUGAUCAGAUGGGAAAUAUCAUGGCUGGUAUCGAUUUAAUUCGACGACAACGUGCAGAACAAGAGAAGGGUGCGGCGAACGAUCCAAGCAUGCGUGCGGAUCCAGCGUAUGGACUCACAUUGCCCCUCUUGACGACAGCCUCAGGUGCCAAGUUUGGCAAGAGUGCAGGCAAUGCUGUGUGGGUCUCAAGAUCCAUGCUUUCGGACCUUGAUUUUUACCAGUACUUUGUUCGAAGCUCAGAUGCCGACGUGGAGCGCUACCUAUUGUCUCUUACUUUGAUGAGCCAUGAAGAGAUUGCGCAGGUCAUGGCUCAGCAUGCAGAGGACAAAUCCAAGCGUUUUGCGCAAACACGUCUAGCUGACGAAAUGACUGAGCUUGUACGUGGGCAUGAGGCAUGUCAACGUGCUCAACUGGCAACCAAGCUGCUCUUUAAUACCGACGUGCAAGGACUCACACUUGAUCAAGUUGCAUUUGCGUUCCAAGAUGACCCCCGCUUGGUAUACCUGGAUGAGGAGCCAUCAGGCAUUGCGGCAUUAGCGGCUGAUAUUGGACUACUGCCCUCCCGAAGCGAAGCUCGCAGGCUCGUGCAAAAGGGUGGUGGACUUUAUGUAAACGGCGUCCAAGUCACAGAUGUGCACGCGAAACUGGAAAGGCAACAUAUGAUCCAAGACCGUAUCAUUGUGAUGCGCGCCGGUAAAUCAAAUCAUAAAAUCGUUGUAUGCCCUCCCGUAGCGUGA